AUGGUAUCUCGACGAUGCCUCGUAUGUGGGGUUCUGGCAUUUAUUAGCUCGCUGAUACAGCUCAUGGUCUUCAUUUCCAUCUACGGCGUGGGCAAGGUCAGCGUUCCGUUUUGGCACCUGUGGCCCCUGCGGGAGUCCAGUGUUGCAGAGCAGCUGGCCAAGGCGUCGCAGCCUCGCAGCUCGAAGCUCUUCGGCACGCCCUGUCCGUCCGCGUACUUCUACGGGGGCUUCAAGCACGGGCAAGGCGGGAAGCUGCCGGAUGGCGAGGGCGGCUUCGUGGUGUGCGACACCAACGGACUGAGGGAGGCCGCAAUGAGCUCAAAGGGCUGCUUGGUGUACUCUGUGGGAAGUGAGGGGGACUUCACCUUCGAGAGGGCAGUGCACAGGGAGAUCUCCGAGAAGUGUGAGAUACACACUUUCGACACGAACCCAAUCGAGAGGUACCUGAACAAGAGCUACCGGCCGGGAAUUCCUCACGAGCCGGUUCCAGACUACGUGACGUACCAUGUAGCCUCACUCACAAGAGCCAACAACAUCCGCGCACUGGCGCAGAGCUUGGGCCACCAGGGUCGGACCAUCAAUCUGCUCAAGGUCAGUUGCGGUGGCUGCGAGAUUUCAUCGCAUCCAGAUUGGCUGGCUGGCGGUACCAAGAUUGACCAGAUCGUCGUCCAUCAAGCCAAGCCGAGGGAUGAGACGCUGGCCCGCUUCCUGACCUCCAAGGGCUACGGCUGCUUCCAGGGCGGAGAUGACUAUCUGUUGGGCUGUAUCAUGCUGCCCUUGAGGAGCUCUGCUUGGGUGCCUCCCGCAGUUUUCAAGCGAAAGACGGUUCUGAGGAUACCGCCUCCAUCAAAGAGCUCCGUUUGCAUGCUUGUCCCUGUCUAUCCUCCUCAUUUUCCGGCGCUUGCGGCGCGCAUGGAGAUGGUCAAGCGAACGAACAUCGGCCCUCCCGUGAAGUCCGUCGUGGUCUUCGGAGACGACUCGGAGUAUGCGGACUUCUGUGCAAAGAACGCGGACAUCUGCGCAGACGACGACUUCCACCCGAUGACCUUGGAGGGCCUGAUUGGCUUCGAAGCUCACACGAAGCUGAAGCGUAUGCUUCUGUUGGAGUACCCGCCCUUGAGGUUUAGAUACAAAGGCGAUCGGCGAGGGUGCUGGUCAAAGUCUAGUGGACGCGUCUACCAGACUGUGAAGAAGUUUUACGGGGUGGCUUACGGACCUGCCGAGUGUCAGACCUACUGGGUUUGUGAUGCCGAGUCCCUACCUUUCCGCAAGCACAACCUGUCGGACCAUCUAGCCCUAAACGCAAGAACGCCAAGAAUCGUUGUAAGCACCUGGUACGAUGAGCCGGACUGCGCCAACGUGGCUUGUGACGAUGGGACCGACCAGUCCUGCGCGAUCAUGAUGACCAACAAAACAAACGGCAUGCGCUUCAAGGAGGACACUGCGCCCUCUGUCUGGACGCCCGCCCGUUGGAAGCAAAUAUUCCAGAAUGUGGACCAGUGGUGGUACUACGAUCGAACCAUCACGGCAGACUGGCUGAAGUUUUGGGCGGACUCAAUCGGUGUACCCGCUUGGGCAGUGUUCGGCUUUUAUGAACUGUCCGACAUGUCAAUGUACGGCAUGAUGAUGCACUGGUCGGCUUUUUACGCCCAUGUCGGACGGGCAACAAUCGUGAACAUCAGGGAGGAGAUCCGGAAGGUGGAUCCUGACGUCUUUGAGAAGUGCUGCAGCUGCUCUAAAACAAAGCCGAACGGGGCGCCUCCCCCGUGCUCAACCGCCCCAGAACUCUUUGGGGGCUGCCUGUCGCAGAUACCGUUCCGCCAGCGCUUGGAGAUUGCUGUUGAGCGGCUUGGGUACUUCGGCUUCUCCAACUACAAUCGAUUCACCGUUGUUCCCGAUAUGGCGUACAACCAGGUGACGGAUGCCGGCCACGGCCUCCACUGGUGCUACAUCAACUGCUUCAAGACGAACGCCAUGAGCAAGAUACUGCGGCUGCAGAACGUGGACGUGGAGGGCAUCAAGAAGUUUAACGAUGCCUUCCUCAACACCCACGUGUGA